UGUUAGCCCAUUUGAGUCUUUUCCUCACCAUACCUCCCGCCACAAUGUCCUCAGCGUCCGGCGAUGCCAACCGGAAGUUUUUGCUCGCGUCGCGGGCCUCGCAGCUCGCCAAGAUCCAGACGUACAUGGUCCAGGAUGCACUCAAGGCCGCGUCCCCGUCCACGCAGCUCGAGGCGUCGUUCAUGACGACCGGCGGCGAUCAUAACCAGUCGCAGGCCCUGUACCUCCUCGGGGGAAAGUCCCUCUGGACGAAGGAGCUCGAGGUUGCGCUCAAGGAGGGCGUCGUCGAUAUGCUUGUACACAGCUACAAGGACGUACCAACUGUCCUUCCCGAGGGCUGUGCAAUCGCUGGCGUGCUCGAGCGCGAGGAUCCCGUCGAUUCACUCAUCGUCAGGAAGGGUCUGUCGUACAAGACCGUGGAGGAGCUGCCGGAGGGAUCGGUUGUAGGAACAAGUAGUGUGAGACGAGUGGCGCAGCUGAAGAGGAUGUUCCCCAAGCUAGUCUUCAAAGAUGUUCGCGGCAAUUUGAAUACCCGCCUCUCAAAGCUCGACGCAGAAGACAGCCCUUAUACCGCCCUUAUCCUCGCCAAGGCCGGAGUGCUGCGCCUCAAUUGGCAGGACCGCAUCUCGUCGGAUAUCACGCCGCCGACGCUCUUCUACGCCGUCAGCCAAGGCGCGCUUGCCAUCGAGAUCCGCGCCGACGACGCACAGUCGCAGGCCCUCUUACGCACGAUCACGCACUGGCCGACGGAGUGGCGCUGCGCGGCCGAGCGUGCAUGCCUCCGCGUACUCGAAGGCGGGUGCAGCGUUCCCGUUGGCGUCAGCACGGAGCUCGUGCGGGAGGGCGACGCGCAGCGCGGAGUGCUCAAGAUCACGGGCUGCGUCACUUCGCUGACUGGAGACCGCCACGUGCAGCACUCGCUCGAAGAGACGGUUGCAAGCGUCGGAGAUGCUGAGGCUGUCGGCUCACGCCUCGCAAAGAUCCUCAUCGAGACGGGGGCGAGGACUAUUCUAGACGAGAUUACGGCGGACAGAGAGAAGCGUAUUGGAGAGGCGAAGACGGAGGAAGAGAAACAGAAAAUCGAGGCCGCCAUCGCCGCCUAAUUUAUUGCUAUGUGCUGCGUGUAAAUGCCUCGGUGUCUUUUCAAUCAUCUCGACAUAUAGAUCUCAGAAGGAAUGUACUACUGUAAC